AAGUGCUGCAAAAGAUACUAGGUAUGGAGUAUGAGUCAACGAGUAGUGGAAACCAUAGAACAAUAUGUUGGCAACAACCAUAUACACAUACAUAAUAUUAAACAUACUAUGAAGAACGUCUGCAAAAAUAUAGUAUGGAGUAGAACUUUGACUGAAGCGUUUAGGACGAGAACUGAGAAGGUUUCUUACAAAUUCCAGGACACAGAUUAACCCGCAACAAUGGAUCAACCGGGGACAUCAGUUCAAGAAGACAAUAUUGUAGAAGAUUUAACAAAUUGCAAUGCCGACUCUUUGUCUAAAGAAAUAAUUAAAAUAUUUAAGAAACUUGUUGAAGCUAUACAAAAUAGUGAUAUAUCAACGUUUAAAAUUCUAAUCAAUACUCUAUAUACUGUUGAGAAUAAAGUCGUGAUACAGGAAGUAACUACAAGAAGCAAGUUUGAUACAUUCAGCUGCAUAAGCAAAUAUUCUCAAGUUGAAAUGCUUGAAUAUCUUCUUGAACAAACUGAGCUUUUGCCUUAUCUGUCCCCGUUGGAUAGAGCACAACGCAAUCUAACAAUAGAGAAUACAUUCUUCAUCUGUAUGCGAACUAGGAAUGAAGUACUACUUGAAAAGUUCUACGACUAUUGGGCUGGGGAUCUUCAUUGGGUAUACAAUAAAGAUAGCAGUGUGAAUGACAAUGAAAAUUUAAGUAAUCUCUGUAUUCUAUUAAGCAGUGCUGAAGAAAAAUUCAAGAGAAGUAAUGCUAUCAAAUGCUGUAACCCACCAACAUUGGCCCACAUUAAAAGUAUUGUCAUUUAUAACGAAUUCCAAAUUGAUUUAUAUGAAAAAUUAGGAGAUAUUAAAAAGAAAAUUAAGGAAUGGAAAGAUAUAUCUGAUUACAAUCAAUCAAUUUGUCGUGAAAUCUAUCUAAUUGAAGAAAUUAUUGAUAUUAUUCUUGAACAACUUAAUAUUUACACUAAGAAGGUACUUGCUAUUGUUUUAGACAAUAAGAAAAAAGAAGAAGAUGGUAUAUCUUUGUACUGGAAAGCACAAGCAUUCUAUAUGUUCAAAACAUUCUUUUGGAAAAUGGACUACAACAUAUGUUUGUUAAUUUUAGACAAUAUUCAUUUAUUAAAAAGAAGACUUAUAAUGGAAAACAAUAUGUACCAAAAAUUAGAAUCUAAGCUUUAUCACUUUAUUUAUCAUUUAAGGACGAAAUGGACCUUUUAUUUAUCGAAAACUAGUACACUAAAAGGUGAUAUUAUCUCGACAAUUGAAAAUGAUGAGGUCCACAUAUAUCAAACACCCAGUUCGGUCAAUAUGGGAGAGUUAAUAAGAUUUUUGGUGAUGUACUUAGAAAGAGAUCACUUUGUUAAUAUGUUACAACACUUCAAAGAAGAAUUAAGUAAGCCAAUUGUAGAGAAAAAUGUUAGGCCAAAGGAUUCUAAAUUCACAGAUGAAGAAAUCCAAUCACUUACACCAUGUCCUGAAAUGAGAGAUGAUUAUUCUUUAAAAAAGAUGUUUCGUUAUCUUCAGGAACUUCCUUCUAUGUCUGAUAUAAAAAAGAAAAAGGAGAGAGCGCAACUAUUACUGGAGAGAAUAUUGCAAGUUGUUGGAGAAUUUCUCAAAAGCACCAAAGAAAGUAUGAAUUUAGAUCCAACAACGCGCGCUUUGAUACUCGCGGAAGUACCAAUAGAUGCUGUGGAUAGUCUUAACGAUAUAAGAGACUAUCUCAGCAAGGCCAAAAAAUGUAAAAUUCUUUGGCGAAUGGAGAUUGCUAAACAUGGUGAACACAUUUUUGAAAAAGUCUUACAAGAUUUGUUACACUUAAGAGAUGCCAUACGAAAAGUGAUUAGUAUAAAUAGAUAUUUCGUGAACAGAUCCCUCAUUAAGUUCGGCUUCAAAAUUUUGUCUGAUAGACGAGACGAGAUAGAAGGUAAAAUCGAUUUGCCUAAUUAUUUAUACUCUUGCUAUUCACAGUUUCUGGGAGGCUGUAUGUAUCAUUUGAUGGAAAGAAUAUUUUUAGAUAGAUUUUAUACAGAGACAUGGAGUAAACAUGGUUUAUCCAGAAGCCUUAUGAUAGAAGUUGGGCAUAUUAACCAUGAUUUUAAUAUGCUUAGCAAGAAAGAUGGCCAAGAAAUGAGGAGAAUACGUAUGUUUUUGACAAAAAAAUUUAGUCACUAUGAAAAAGUAAUAAAUGACUUACUCCAAAAGGUAAUAUAUCAGAGCAAUCAAUGGACAAAUUUGAGAAAUAGUUUAGCUCUUGAUACAUUAAGUGAUUAUCCAAAUUCUAAAGAUGUUAUAGAUUUAAAACAUCUUUUAAACUCCGCAAAUAAUGCUGACAUUCGCGACACAUUAUCCAAUUUUAUUGACAAUUAUAUAGAUGUAGAGGUGUUGUGGGACACUAUAGAGAGAUUAUUUGAAUUCUUAAUUAUAAAGACAAAGAGUUUUGAUGACACCAGUGCAGAAUUAAAAUUCAGCAUGUUUUCUUAUAAUUACGAACAACUUUGUCGCAAUGGAUACAAGCAUAAGGACAUGAAAGAUAAUGUUGAAAGAUUACUGAAGUUAAUAGAACAACAUUGUUCGCCAAAAGCUCAAUCGGCAAAUAUAAGUGCUGUUCACACAUUUGAUGGCAUAAAGGAAUUCAAUGCAAUUCUGAAUAUGAAACAAUUCAUAACCCAAGAGGAAAUUAAAUAUAUAUCCAAUAACAUUCCCAAAUGUCAUAAGAGCCAAAGACCAAUGUUUUGUAAAAUUGGAAAGAGCUUUUGUGCUGAUAUGGAAAAAAAUAUUAAAACCGCAUUGGCAAUUGAGCCAUUUGAUGAACUAUCAGCGAAAAUUAUUCAUAGCUUGCAUGUUGCAGAUCGAGAACCAGAAUUAUUAAAGUGUUACUUGGAAAGGAUAACCUUACUUUCAAAUAUAAUAAAUAAGCAACACCGUGACCUUUUAGUAGUACAGUAUAAAUAUAAUGCCCAAUUUAGAAUUUGUUUGGAAAUGAUCCUAAUUGAUCUGCUUAACAUAUCGGCUAAAUGUAAGCGAAUAGAAACAAUACAGAAACAGAACAAAUUACUGACUGAAAUCAACAUGCGUAACGUUUUAGCGCACGGUAAUGCUUUGCUUGAAGUAAUCGGCGAAGUUUUGGACACAAAUGAUCUUCCAGGAGAAAUAAUAAACAAAUCAUUAGAAUUUGUUGAAGACUUGGAAUCAGUACAAGCAAUUUAUGAUUUAAAAAGCGGCGGAUUUUGUUUUGAAAAUAUAGACAAUGAUGGUAAUUUCCCUGAUACUGUCAGUAUUACUGACACAGAAAAAGAAUUAUUUCAGAAAUUUAAAGAGUCCAAGCAUUGGAGAAAUUAUUUACAACUAAUCCCCGAAUACGUAGCGCACACGUGGCGUAUAAAAAAGCAACAGAGAGAAGAGGAAACUAAAGCGAAUUUGAAACUUAUUGAAACUGUUAGAAUAAACGGUGAUAUUGAUAAUUUGGCGAGUAUUCUGGAAAAAGUAGACAUUAACUAUGUCGAUGACAACGGCAAUGCAGCUAUUCACUACGCUGCUAUGUACGGCAACCUGGACAUUAUGAAAGAAUUGACAAAAAAUAUGGCGAAUAUUAACAUUAAAAACGAAGAUAAUAAAAUGACGGCAUUGCAUUACGCGGCUCUGAAAGGUCACUCUGAAAUAGUUAACUAUCUAGUCGAGUGCGGUGCUGACAUCGAAAAGGACAAACAGGGACACACCUAUAAAGAUAUCGAAGAAAUUAAGGCUGAGGCAUCUAAGAAGAGAAUGGAAGAGAAACCUGAAGAGAUAGAGUUGGAGGCUGGUGAUUUUAAUAUAUUUGGUAUGGACGAUUAGAGUGCGCUAGUCACAAAUACACAAAAUAAAUGUUUUUAAUCGUUUAUUAGGAGAUUUGAAUGCAAAAUCAAGUUAUAGAAAAUUCGCAU